UCUGGCUGCCUGCUCCAGCGGGGACACGGACGAGGUGAAAAAGCUUCUGGCAAGAGGUGCGGACAUCAACACGGUCAACGUGGACGGUUUGACAGCCCUGCACCAGGCCUGUAUUGAUGAAAAUUUGGACAUGGUGAAGUUUCUAGUGGAGAACAGAGCCAAUGUAAACCAUCAAGACAACGAGGGCUGGACUCCCCUUCAUGCAGCAGCUUCCUGUGGUUACCUCAACAUAGCGGAGUAUUUUAUUAGCCAUGGAGCCAGUGUGGGUAUUGUGAACAGCGAGGGUGAAGUUCCUUCUGACCUUGCAGAAGAGCCAGCCAUGAAAGACCUUCUUCUGGAACAAGUAAAGAAACAAGGUGUUGACCUGGAGCAGUCAAGAAAGGAGGAAGAGCAGCAGAUGCUGCAGGAUGCACGCCAGUGGCUCAACAGCGGGAAGAUAGAAGAUGUAAGGCAGGCUCGCUCUGGGGCCACAGCCCUGCAUGUCGCUGCUGCCAAGGGCUACUCUGAAGUCCUCAGACUUUUGAUUCAGGCUGGCUAUGAGCUCAAUGUUCAGGAUCACGAUGGCUGGACUCCUCUUCAUGCCGCUGCACACUGGGGAGUGAAAGAGGCGUGUUCUAUCCUGGCAGAAGCACUCUGUGACAUGGAUAUCCGGAACAAACUGGGCCAGACGCCAUUUGAUGUGGCUGAUGAAGGUCUUGUGGAGCACUUGGAGAUGCUUCAGAAAAAGCAAACUGUGCUUCGAAGUGAAAAGGAGACGCGGAAUAAGCUCAUUGAAUCAGACCUGAACCGCAAGUUUCAGAGUGGACUCUUUAAGAACAAGGAGAAGAUGUUUUAUGAGGAAGAGAGCCCCAAGUCCCAAGAAACAGAGGAAGAAAACAAAGACUCCAGCAGCUCUAGCUCAGAGGAAGAGGAAGGAGAAGAGGAAGUUUCUGAAUCAGAAACUGAGAAGGAGGCAGAUAAAAAGCCAGAAGCCACUGUCAACCAUUCCAACUCUGAAAGCAAGAGUCGUAUCAUGGAGCAGAUCCCAGCCCCAGCCCAGAACACCUUCUCUGCCUCUUCUGCUAGGAGAUUGUCCAGUCUUUUCAACAAGACAGAAGAGCCCAAAGACGAAUCUCCUUCUUCAUGGAGACUGGGACUCAGAAAAACUGGCAGCCACAAUAUGCUGAGUGAAGUGGCCAACUCCAGGGAAGGCUUUCGGGAUCGGGGUUCCUCCAUCCACCGAUCCUCGUCCAGCCCUCGGAUCUCAGCUUUGCUGGACGACAAAGAUAAGGCUAGAGAAAACAGGAACUCUUUUAGUACGCUGGCACCCCGGAGGCUGAGCAGCACAAGUGACAUCGAAGAAAAAGAGAACAGAGAGUCAGCUGUUAAUCUAGUGAGGAGUGGCUCCCACACCAGGCAGCUGUGGAGGGAUGAAGCAAAGGGAAAUGAAACCCCACAGACAAUUGCUCCUUCCACUUAUGUGUCAACUUACUUGAAAAGGACUCCUUACAGAUCCCAGGCUGACUCGGCAGCAGAGAAAACAACAGAUGACGUCUCUUCGAGCACUCCUCUGUGUGUGAUCACCAAUCGUCCCGCACCCAGCACUGCCAAUGGGCUUCCAGCUGCCACAGUGUUCCCCUCCACUGCAACAGACUCCUCUGUGGAAGCCCGGGAGAAGAGGAGAUCAUAUCUGACUCCUGUACGGGAUGAGGAGGCAGAGUCUUUACGGAAAGCACGCUCCAGACAAGCUCGGCAGACGCGACGGUCUACUCAGGGUGUUACCCUAACAGACCUUCAAGAAGCAGAAAAGACUUUCAGCAGGUCGAGGGCAGAGAGGCAAGCUCAGGAGCAGCCUGGUGAGAAGCUUGAAGACCCUGGUGGGCUUGAAGGGAGUCCCAAGAAGCAGGAGCCAUUGGCUGCACCAGCCCAGGAAGCUGGAGCGGGCCGGCAACCUUGGGCCCGGGGUCUGGAGGAAGAGCCUAUCUAUCAUCGCCUAAGGUGUCCAACUCAACCAGACAAACCCACAACACCGGCGUCUCCUUCUGCGUCAGGACCCUUACUCUACACUAGUUCUCAUCUACUCGGGACAAGUAGAUCUUCAGACCCUGAUUCUGAGAAUUCAGAGACCACCACAGACACCACAGCUGCAAAGGAAAUGGACAAGAAUGAGAAAGAAGGAGCUGAUUUGGAUGAUCAGUCCUCUAACAGGCUGUCUAUCCGAGACAGGAGGCGGCCUAAGGACAGGCGAAGAGGCACAGGCAUCAACUUCUGGACAAAUGACGAGGAUGAAACAGAUGUCUCUGAAGAGGUCAAAGAGACAUGGCAUGAAAGACUUUCUAGGUUGGAGUCUGGAGGCAGUAACCCAACCAGCAGCGACUCUUACAGUGACCGAGCCUCGGCAAGAGCCCGUCGGGAGGCCCGGGAGGCUCGCCUAGCCAGCCUGACUAGCCGGGUAGAAGAGGACAGCAACAGGGAUUAUAAAAAACUCUAUGAGAGUGCCCUCACCGAAAACCAGAAACUGAAAACAAAACUUCAGGAGGCCCAGCUAGAGCUAGCCGACAUCAAAUCCAAGCUUGAGAAGAUGGCUCAGCAGAAACAGGAGAAGACCUCUGACCGGUCAUCGGUGCUGGAGAUGGAGAAACGGGAGAGGAGAGCAUUGGAACGGAAGAUGUCAGAAAUGGAAGAAGAGAUGAAGGUGUUAACAGAACUGAAAUCCGACAACCAGAGGCUGAAAGAUGAAAAUGGUGCCCUCAUCAGAGUCAUCAGCAAACUGUCCAAAUAGAAGAGGUCAGAUCUGGGAGGAGGGGACAGCAUCUGCUGCCACCUUCGUUUCCAGCUCUGGCCUUGUGGCCAGAAGAAGCGAAUGUUUGGGAAGAAGGGCACCUCCUUCUGGUCCUCGGCGUCGUUGUCGGUCACCUCCUCUGCACUCUGCACUGUACAUUUCUCUGCACUCUCAGUGUCCCAUUGUCCCAAGUCUCUGACAGUUUUAACUGAAGCAUGAUUGUGACCAUUUCAAGCAGUCAGAGAAAGCUUUCGGGGGUACACCAAGCUCAGCUGUGGACCCCCAACUUUCUGCUGCUUUGUCCACAUUGGUUUCAGUACAAAAUGUGAGGCUUUGACCCAGAGCCUUUACACUGACCCGCUGUCCUUUGAUAUAGGUGAGUCUUGUGGUGGCCACUCCAGGAUCCUAUCUGGGAUGCCAAGAGAGAGGGCAGAGUGUGGAAUUACUCUCUGGACUGCCUCUGGAGCUGUUGCGUAGAAUCCAAGGUGAUUGUGACUCUGAUAUUCACCUCUCAGGGACUGACUUGUUUUAACUUUUCUAUCAAUAACCUAGAAUUGCCCUGACUAGUCUUAACCCCAUUUCUCCCUUUCUACGAGGCUUAGAUGGCCCUGGACUCUCUUGCUCCUUUUCUUUCUGUCUUUUUAUGAUUUCUCCACCCAGCCUGGUGGCAUAAAGCUGAAACAGAGCUCCUGACCUCAGCUGUUUUGGGCCAUUGUAAAAACUCAUCACUGUUGCCUUGGUACCAUGACCCCUGUCCCUGCAAAGCUAGAGGAUGGCUGAAGGGUCAGCCCGUUGUUCACAUCUCCCACCUGUCUGCUCACAAAGUGAUUUUCUGACUCUUCAAGUCAGACAUAGUAGUAUACACCUAAAAUCCCAGCACUCAGGAAGCUGAGGCAGGAGGAUCAGAAUGUGAGGCCAGCUACAUAGCCAGACCGUCUCAAGAAGAAGGAAGUGUGGGUUCUGAAGACUUGAGUUGGCCUGGCUUCCUGGGGCUUUGUUUUCUUGUCCACUUGUGCACACGCUCCUCAUGAGGAAUGAGUUGUUCAAGGAGACCUGGAGGAGAGUGAGGAGGAAACCAGACUAGGAUGGAAGCCAGCUAGAGAGCAUGUGAGGACACUCAGAACACUGGGCGUAGGCUGUGAAGUGGUGGUAGUUCACAUUCGGGGGGAGAGAGAGACAGUGUCCUUCUUAGAAGCCAACAGGAGAAAUGACUGCUGGGGGAGAGACGGAAGAGGCUGGUGUGCGUCCAGCCCAUGAGACUCUUUAAGAGUAGCAAGGCUCAUACAUCUGGCCCAGCUGCCUCAUGUUUCAGGGACCCCUCCCUGCUACCAUAGCUUUGGCCUGUGGUCAGCCUUUGGUAGCUGUGCAUUUAUCACUUGAAGGGUGGGCCCUCUAAUAACCAGAGCUAUUACUAAUAGAAGCUGAGGUCUACUGCUCCCUGCCUGCCCAGCAUAUUAAAUAUGGAUGCGUGGUGGUCUCUCCUUCUCUAGUCCUUCAGUCCUCCUCAGAUGUCAUGAUCCUGAAGCGUGUCAUAUCUUGACUACCAUCCCCUAGAGUCUAGGCACAAGCAGCCCUUUAGAUUAUCGUGUCUCAGUCUUUAGAGUAUCCCAUGAUUCCAGCACAUAGUCAAAGAACUAGUUCUCAUCAAUGACCCAGUGUUGAUAGAGAAAGUGCUUGAUUUCUGUAGGCAUUUUGUCCUUUGGAUCACAUUUAAGGACAGGUCCUUUAAAACCUCAUUAUCUUGGGGUUGCCAGUGAUGCGGACCAUUCUAACACUACCUCUGUUAUUUUCUUUUGUGAGGACAGCACUGUCCUUUUCUGUGGCCCUUGCAAACUUCAUGUGCUCUUAAACAGAAGUUGUAAUCCAGGGUCCCAGUUACAGAAUAGGAACAUGCUCACUCUGGCACAUUUUGAGCACAUACAAGAUUCUCUUUUCCAUUUCAACCCACUCUAUUACGGAGCACUCAGCCCAGGUCUUAGAGAGGACUGAGCCACAGUGAGAAAGAAGGGCCUGUCUUCUGUAUAGGAAGCAUUCUCUUCUUGCUGGGAAAUGUCAACAAAGUGUUAGCCAACUGAUGGUCCUGGAGUGGCUAGGAUACUGGGAAGAGGAUUGCUGCCUCGUCCUUAGGAAAGAAAAUGGGACGUUAGGAAAACAUGGUGAGCUUUUUCCAUUCGUAGACCAGGGAAAGGUGUUGCAGAGUUCUGUGCCUGUGGGCCUUUUGAAAUGUCGGGACAGGUUCUCAGAACUCACAAACUGGCAUUAAUGCCUGCUGCUGUACGUGGCCUUCCAUGUUAAGAUGCCACCUCUUGCCAGGAAGGCUUCCUUGUGACAAGUUAUUUAUAAGCUUUUCAGUCUCAGGAGUACUGGACUCUGUAGCCAAGAACUUACCAUAGUACAAAUAAUCGCAGGUAACUCCAGGCACUUCCUUUUAGGCCACUAAUUUUAUUAGUGUAUUUGUUCUCUUCACAAUGCUAUUGACUGAAAGCCCCCAUGAAAGGCAUAGGCCCUCUGAUGGCCCGCUAGACUCUCGGUGCUGACCCCUUUUCCUCUGUUGCUUGGCCAGUGACACACUGGAGGUCUCCCAGGUGGCCACCAGCCUCACUUGCUGGCAUUUGUGAGUAGUCUCACAGCUGGCACAUAGCAACCCGCUGUCACAAACCAGUCUUCAUGGGGAGUUCAGAUAGGGACAAGAAUGUUCUUACUACACAUCACACUCUUAUGUUCUCAUUCAUUUGACGGCUUCGGAGUAAUGACUGGGCCAGGCCAGAGAUUCUGGGGCCCCUGAGCCUUCCGGACAGCACCUGGAAGUGCUGGCUCCCAGUUCCCCUCACUCCCUACCCUCACCCCACCCCCCCACCGCACCCCACCCCACACCCACCCCUGCCGUCUCAAGGGGAAGAGAGAAGCACAUUUAAGGUGUUGUCUCCAAAGACUAUAAAGAACAGAUCAAUCCUGGGCCCACUCAGUCCACUGAGUUCUCAGCUGGGCUGUUCUCAUUUCCUAGACCCUCCUGGCUCUGUCCAACAGUGGGGGUGGGACAUGGUCUCACCCCACUUUCCCUGCUUCUGUCCCAGUCCUCAGCCCUUUAGAUGCAAGCCUUGUUGGAUGAGGUGGCUUCUGCUGAGGAAGUGCAGGAGUGGAGUCUAUGGGCCUACACAAGAGUAUAUAAACCAGAGAUGAAGGAGGAACCCUCCAAGUCAGGCCCUUGGCAGCCAUUCCUAGCAGAGACAACUGUCUCCACCCAGUCUUCAGUACUGACAGUGCUGGUACUUGUUAGGAGGUGAGGCCUUGGUGAGCAGAAGCCUGGGGAAGAGAGGUCUGUAGAAAACAUCUGUCAGCUGCUUCCAGACUGUCCUCUCUCAGGAUGGGGAGAGGGGGGCCUCUAGUUCCAUGCCUUUUCAGAAGUGGGCCCUGUCCAGAUCCAGGCCUCAUUAUAGGUACAUCUCGGUUGCCAUUCUAUUCUGAAGGCAGGUGCAAACCCUCAAACAAUAUAGUUCCCUUGACCCAGGAAGUGAGGCAGAUUUGAGGGCAUUAUAAGGUGCACACAGUUAAGCUACAGGGAGUCCAGGGUCAUCUUAUUUAGCUGUAACCCUUGGGCAAGGUGAUCUUUUAGGGUCCCAUUGAGCUUAAAAUUGUGAUUUACUCAUUUCUAGAAAAAUGAGAACAUUUUUGACGCUUAGAUUUCUGCUUCUUUUCAAAUUUUCAAGAUCAGUCUUGUUUUAUUCCCAAAUUUAAGCUGUUUAAGUUCAGGAUGUCAAGCUGACCCCUCCUCGUUGGAAAAAGAAUUUAACAUUGAGAGCAAUUGAAUAGUGUUGUGAUUGCUUUUCCUCCUGUUGGUUAGGUAAAAAUGUUACCAACCUGAAGAGGUGGAGCUUGGAGCUGGUAGGGGAUGGAUAGAGCACUGUGUCACUAGGAAACCAGCUGCUGCUUGUAGGCUUGCUGGGCCACCUCUCCCAGAUGUGACCAGCACUGCUUCUCAGUACCCAAGCAGCAGACAUAACUGCAAUUGUGCUUGGCACCAGCUAGUUCCUAGUCUUGAACUCUGCCUUGAGCAGCAAGAGUGUUCUGUAGUGAAGACCACAGCUGUUACUUUGGCUGAGCUCAGCCUCCGAACGCUAAGCUCUCAGAAGUGGGACGCUCUGGUGCUGUUCAAGAGAUACUAUGCUGUUUUUGUAGCUGUUUACAGAUGCCACAAACUACAUGGCAUCGAAUGGUGCCCUGCCCUGGCCAGACUCCUACAGUCAGGACUGGAUGUGAGGAAGGGGCCAAACCCCGGAAGUGGGUGCCUGCAUGCUACAGGGGUAAAGGCAGAGGGCAGGGUCUUUGAAUGUGGAACAGGGUGGAGAUUGUAAGCACUGGGAGAAAGGAAGGCAGAUUUCUGCACCUGGAAGUGUGUUCUGUCUCAUGAGUUCAUCCCUCAGCUCUAGCUGAGGCUAAGUGGAGAUUUUAAUCAGCCUUCCUAAUGAGUAUUGACACUGCUCAGAGCAGUUGACUCUGUCAGGGACAACUAUUGAUUGCUUGUGUUCUGAUUAGAUUGGAAAAAUAGAUCAACUUCAUUAUAGCCCAGAAGCUGCCACUGUCUCAGCUAUAAAGGAAUGAAGUGAUCUCUACGGGCUGAGGAAAAACAACUGGACUCCUAAUAAACCAGAGGGCAGCUGAGAGGUGUGUCCAGGGCUCCUUGAGAGCUGCGGUUAAGGGCCACAAUUGUCCUGAGGUGUGUCCUGCAACCCAGUACCUAGAUGCCCACUGGCUAGCCAGAUGGUGGAGGAAGGAACUUGUAAAGCCCAUGGCACUGAUGUGUUCUGGCCUUACCUCAGAAGACUUGGCAAUGUGAGGGUCUCUUCCAGUCUGGGAACACACACCCACUUGCCAGGCUGGAGCCUUCAAAAAGAGGUCUGGCAUUUUCUUGAUUAGAAAUGAGAACUCAGAAAGCAAUUUUAGCCAAGUGUACUCUGUGUAUUUUCCUCUUCCUACACCACUUCCCAAAGGACUUCUCUCUCCCGGCUUGGGAAUCUGCCAGAAUGACAUUUUGUUAUUUCUCCUCUAAAUUUUCCCCUACGGCUUCCAAUAAAAAUGUACUUGGGUGGCCCUUGAGGUGUCAUCAAGAUGCUAGUGCAGGUCCUUCCAAGUAAGGACCCUUCCCCUCCUGCCUUCCUCUCCGCCACACUCCUUAGGCCUUGCUUCUACACUUGGACUCUGUGGUGCUUAAGGGAAGAGGUUUCCCAUUAAUCAGCCAAGAGGCCUGAAGGAUUUUCAAACGCCAACAGCAUGCCCCCCCCCCCGCCGCCCCCAGCCAGCCCCUAUUCCACUUUCAAAGCCCCUCAGAGACAAGGUUUGUUUUAUGGGUCUGGAUGAUUCCCCUGUCGCAGGGCUGUGUCUGAGACACUCUUUCCGUCUGGAGAAUGUGAUUAGUCCCCACGUGUGAGGUAGAAGUGUCUCCUCAGCACAGGCUGGACUAGUUUGUUUGUGUGGCGACAGCCGCUCCGCCAGAUGGGAGAGAAGAUCCAGAAAAGGCUGGACCUGGAGAGUCCUAAGAGCCUGAGGCCUCUGGCAUGUUCUUGGACCCAGAGCCUGGGAUCAGAGUAGCAUCCUGAACAAGGCACACUCAGGGCCAGCACCAAGUGCAUGUGUCUGUGCUGUUUUCAACCCUGCUCUCCUGGAACCUCCAGUAGAUUCCAAGUUAUCCUAGGAUGGCAGUGCAAAGUGACUGGGUACAGGAGAAAGAAUUCCCAGAAUGCACCCAUCCAACACGCCCACCUUACCAGUCAUCAUCCCUUGAGCCCUGGGCAGGUCAGGCCUCCUCCUGGCCUGACCUUGGCACAGCUGUGAUUUCCCUGAAGAGGGAGUGCUGUGCCGCAGCCUCUCCCUCCUCUUGCAGGGACAUGUGGCCCACUGGGAUGGAGGCCGUGGUUCAGAGCCCGGCUUGGGCUUCAGUUUUCCUUACCCUGAUCUUGAUCACCACUUGAGCGCUAGCAUUUUGUAUUUCCUCUCUCCGCCCUUCCCCCAUGCUUCACGCACCCAAUGGAACUUUUUUCCAGCUGAGUUGUGUGGAUUAACUUCAUCAACUGUAAAUACACCUGGAGGAGGCUCCUGAGGGAGGGGAAGCCAGACUGGCUUUGUGAACUGAAUGUAUUUUUAUGCAACUUUGAGUGGCCUUUCAACCCUGAGAUGGAUGGAUUUGCUUUACUGGUUGUUAUUAUAUGGUAUUAAGUAUUCUGUGUUUGAAAGUUUGGGAAUAAUAUUCACAUCUAUGAUGCCUGUAAACACAACAGUAUUUAUAAAUGAGCAAAUAAAACUGUGUUUUAACUUUG